CUUUUUAACGACGCAGACAGAUCGUACAAACUUGUAAACAAAACUUGUGAAAAUGCAGAGCAUCCGCAUUGAAUAUCCUGUCACUGGCGUAAGUGAUAGUGCAAGUUUAUGUGCAGGUGAAGUGUAAAAAAUUAAAUAAUAAUAAUUAUUAUUUUGUUUUUAGUAUGUAUGCGUUGAUGGGAUGCCGGUUCGACGGGUCGUUAUAAACAACGAGGUACGCGUGGAGGUACCACUUCCAGGUCCUCCAAUCAACAUCCCUUUAGGAGGGUUAUUGUCGGUGCGCGAGUCAAUAACUAAUCAACCAUGGAUCUACCGACAGGAUAUCAGAAUACCCGGUUUUAUCAAUAUUAACAGGAAAUUUUGGACGCAUUGGAGAAGGGAUUUAUUAAGAGCGCAGAACGACGAUGUAUUAGAACGUUCGUGCGGCCAAUUUGGCGAAGCUGACGUCUGGGACCUGCGCCGUCUAUUCUGCAUGCGUCCUUUAAUAGACGAAAAUCAUGAAGUUUGGAUAUAAAUACAUAAAUAUAUGAAUAUAUAAAUGAUUAAUUUUGGAUAUAAUUAU